ACCUACACAACUCCUCUCAGAAGUUUUAGGGAGCACUACUGUGCUCUGCAACUUAAUUUUUUUGAAUGCUUGCAUGUUGAAGGUUAUUGUAGAGAUUUGCUCAUAUUUCACUGUUUAGGUUUUCUUUUGUUCAUUAACUUGGGGAAAUUCAAUUCCAUUUUUCAACUUAAUACAAAAUUUUUUUUUUUUUUUAGAGGCAACAAGCAAGAGAUGCAACAUGACUUUAUUUGGACUAUUGUUUUUUGUUCUGGCUUCACCCUACUUAUUUACUGUUUAUAGCAGGCCAGCAGGUGUCCACCUGCGUAACAUGGAGAGCUUCAUCCGAGCUGUACAGCAGGUUGAAGACUCCAACUCUGAUCUGUCGGCCCUGGCUCUGGUCAGGGCCCUGAGGAGGACAGCCGGCCAUGACGAUGCGAUGACCAUCCAUUUCUUGGGUGCUUCAUAUAAUCUCAGCGAUGCUGAGGUGCUAGAGACAGCCAUUUUCAAUACUUCAUCCUUUAGCUUUUUUGACAAAGCCAUCCAUCACAUUGUGACGGAUUCCGGAGAGGAACGAGGAGUGGUCCUCACUCCAGAUGGCACCACAGUAGCUCUUGCACCCUUAUUGCUAGGAAUUGAGUCGGGACUGAAAGCCAGGAUGGAUGGCAUGCCAGCUGUUGGGAUUUUCCCUCUCACCUUAGGCAGAACACUGGGCCUGUCCUUCCUCAGCCUCCAGGACUUCCCUUCAUCUUAUCGCCUGGGGCCAAACGGCUGCUGGGACAACGUGGACCACCCUAAGGUGUACAAGUUGUCUCGGCCUGCUACUCUGGCCACUGAUGCUGUUAUUAAUGGGGGCAUGGAUGGAGCUAUACUGGGCCUGGACCUCAGCAAUCAACCUGAACAUGAGCAGUUGCCGUCCCUCAGUGAGAUUUUGAAAGAAUAUUAUAGUUUUAGUCUACAUGAGGGGCAAGGUCUUGAUGCCAUGACCAACCAUAUCAGCCCAAGGCGAAGGGAGAUCUCUAGAUCCAUGCUGGAGCCCCUUGAUCUUCACAGUCAGGUGAUAGAGACACUAGCAUUAGUCUGGAAGCUGGAGAAAACUGAAUGGAUUGCAUUGGACAAUGGAGUGGGGAAGGCAGUGAAGGAGGGACUGCAGGCAUUUGUGCACAAGUACUGGGAUUGCCCACAAAUCAUCCCUCGUUGUCAGUGGGGUGCAAAAGCCCCUCAGGGUACACCUAUCCCACUUUCCCUGCCCCUCAAGUUCCUUUACGUUCACCACACCUAUGAGCCAUCCUCGCCCUGUUUAUCCUUCCCACACUGCUCUCGCAACAUGAGAUCCAUGCAACGUUUCCACCAGGAAGAUCGUGGCUGGAGCGACAUAGGAUACAGCUUCGUGGUCGGCUCUGACGGCCACGUCUACGAAGGCAGAGGUUGGAACCACCUCGGCACACACACCAGGGGACACAAUCACAUAGGGUAUGGCGUAUCAAUUAUCGGUAACUACACUGCCACUCUGCCGUCUCGCCACGCCAUGGAGCUGUUGCGCCAUCAUCUAGUCCGAUGCGCAGUCGAUGGAGGAAGACUGGCUGCCAACUUCACCAUCCACGGCCACAGACAGAUGGUGAACUACACCAGCUGCCCUGGAGACGCCUUCUUUUCAGAAAUAAGAAGCUGGGAGCACUUCAAGGAACGCUGAGGAUGUCAUGUACAGUGAAUCAUCUUGAUUUGUCAACUGUUUGAUAUCUGGAGCAUUUUAGUCAGCCGGUCCUCACAGUAUGAAGCUUUGAAUCUUUCUGUCAAGCAGUAUGACUCUAAUGUAAAAGAAUUUUGAGGUAAUCAAAGCAUAAAUAAAUUAAUUUAUGAUUA